UUUUUAAAGCUUUUUUUGGUACGAAGCUUAAAGUAAUAACCGGAAAGGUGCAAUUUGCUUUAGAGUAUUUUGUUGGUUUUACGUGUUCGAGUUGAGAGGUGUUCCUACAUUUAUAAAAUCAUGGAAGUCAAGCAAGAAGUAAAGCCGGAGAUAUGCGAUAGUUACCUAGAAGGAAUCGAUUUGAAACCAAGUACUUCUCUCGGUUUUCUAAACAAUAUUAAUAUUAAGGGUGAAGCUUGGGAGUAUGAAUUUAACAGUGAUAUUAAGAGUGAAGAUGAUCAGUCCGAUUUGGAAAAGGAACACAUUAAGGAUGAAAGUUUGUCAAUAAAAGAUGAACUGCUAUCGCCUUCAACAGAAAAUCUUGAAGAAGCUUCAAAAUUUUUACCUGACCCUAGCACUAUACCAGAAUGGAACGAUCACGAAAAGGCUCUUGAGUGGGUUAAAAAGAGUGACUUUGACCAAUGCUCUCUACCUGAGUUCUAUCAAACAGUAGACGAAAAAGAUAUAGUAUUAAAACCUUUCGUAAAUAAAGACAGUUUUGCAAGUGAAAAACAGGACGAUAUUAUAAGACAAGCCAACACAGAAACUUGCUGGUACAAUCCUAAAAAUGAAACAAAAUUGUUCCAAAAUACCGAUAAUGUUACCACAGAUGACAUGCCGAAGAUUAAAACAGAAUUUAAUUCACUUAAGAAGCCUUGCUUACCAUCCCAAAAUCAAAAGAUAGAAAAUACUUUUUUAUUGCAAACAGUGGAUAAUGAUUUUGUGUCCGAUUUUUAUCAUGACAUUGACAGAAGCACUGAAGAAUAUAAACUUACAGUAUUACAACCUUUACCGAGUAAUUCUUGUGAAACCCAAGAUUUUAAUUCAGAACAAUCAAUUGCAAACAAUAAUUCUGACGAUGACGUGAAGCACUGCGCAGAACUUCCGCCUAAAAGAGUAAAAAGACUUCAUACACUGCAGAAAAAAAUGAUUCGAUGCAAAUUUUGUGAGGAAGACGUGUUUAAUAAAAAUUUUUCGCGUCAUAUCCAAAGGAGACACUCCAAUGAAGAAGAGGUUAUUGCAAUUUUUCAAUAUCCUAAAGGAAGCAGGAAAAGGCGCGACGCACAUGCUUUAUUAGAAAAUGAAAGUUUUUUUAACCAAUACAUUCAUGGAAAUACUAGACCAAAUCGAAGAGGUCCAGAUAAUAUUGAUAAUGGUGCGUUUUACUUGCCAUGCGCAUAUUGUAAGGGCGUCUAUUACAAACAAUAUUUAAGGAGGCAUUCAAAAUUCUGUAUCGUCCAAAGAGAACUGAGCACAAAGGAGAGGGGAAGUCAGUUAUCACUUUCACAAACUUUGACUGCGUGCUCGAUGGAUCCCACGAAUGUUAUUUCCAAACUAAAUGUAAAGAAAGAGGUGUUUAAUAUAAUGAAAGGCGACGAAAUAUCUUUUGAAGCAAAAAAAGAUCUAUUAAUAUGUAAAUACGGGGAAUCUUACCUAAAAAAACACAAACGAGAAGGCAUUAGAUAUGCUUGCAGCAACAGAAUGCGCGAAUUGUCUAGACUGUUAAUCGAAUACAGAAAGAUUGUGAAUUCAAGUGUAGCGCUUAAAGACAUAAUUGAUCCCAAAAAUUUUGAUGUCAUUAUCACUGCAGUCCGAAAUAUUGCUGGUUAUGACCCUUUUAAAAAAACUUUCAAAGCUCCUAGUUUAGCGAUGCACCUUGGGACAUCCUUAAAGGCGGUGUGUGACGUAUUAAUUCAUCAGGUUCUGAAUGAAAGUGACGGUUUUAAAGAUUUUGACGUUAAAGCGUGGUCCGAUAAAAUAAAAAACUUUAAGAAGUUAGUCGAAAGUCGUUGGAAUAUGGAAUUAUCGUCCUUGGCAAAUAAGGAUCUUCAACAAAAAAACUGGGACAAACCACUUCUUUUACCUCUUGUAAGUGACCUCAAGAAAUUGCGUGAAGAAGUACUAAAGAUGGGAAAAGAAUGUUGUGACAAAUUUAAUCAGAGCUUGGACGAUGUAGAAACAUAUAAACUUUUAGUUCGUUGUUCGCUAGCGCUUUUGAUAAUAUUCAACAGGCGUAGGAUUGGUGACGUUCAAUUUCUGAAGAUUGAAGACUACCGUCGAGUUAGAAGCACGGAGUGUAAAGAUUUUGAAACCACCCUAAGUGAUACAGAGAAGUUAUUAACUAAGAAGUAUAAGAGACUAUUGAGUAGCGGAAAAGGUUCUCGAGCAAUAUUCAUUUUACUACCCAAGAUAUUGGAAGAUUUUAUUGAAACUAUGUUGAGUAAUAGAAAUAAAUAUAUUUCAGAAGAAAAGAUUUUUGUCUUCGCCGUACCUGGCAGCAAGAUAAAGUGGGGCCAAGGUGAUGCCGUCAUUAGAAUGCUGACCAAGAACAUUGAGUUCCAGAAUCCAGAUGCUAUUUUUAGCAACAAAUUACGAAACCACAUCGCUACUGUCAUGCAAAUACUUAAUAUGACACCAAACGAAACGAAGCAAUUUGCGAAUUUUAUGGGCCAUACCCAGAAAACUUACGAUGAAUACUAUGAGCUGCCUGUAGACAUUUAUCAGACCGCAAAGGUUUCAAAAAUGCUUUUGAUGAUGGAAAAAGCAACCCUUCCUGUCGAAUAUAAAGGCAAAUCGAUAAACGAAAUAGACAUUGAUAUUGACUAUCCCGAAGAAAAUGAACCUCAAGAAUCCUCGUCACCAAAUGCACCCACACAAGACAAUGAAAUAUUGUUUGUGUGUAAAAAAGAAAAUAUCGAAGCGAAUAAAGAUAUUAAUAUUUUUGACCAACCAAUUCCAGAAAAUAUUAAGAACGAGGAUCAAGAAAUUAAUAUUAUAGAUUCUAUAUGGUUCGACGUGAGCAAUUCCCGGUCGGAUGAAUUGAAGCCAGUCUUGAAACCAGAUCCUUUAGAUCACGACCAAUCGGGAAGCUCUGAUUUGAGCAAACACGUUAUGCCGCACCAAAGUCCCGACGAAUUAACUCUGUAUAAGUGUCCAGGUUGCGAUUUUCGAACCAAAUACAAAAGGACCUAUCUGAGACACACAAAGCGGCCAUCGAGUGGCGAAGAAAAAAGAUUCAAGUGCGCCAUGUGUGAUUAUCUGUGUGUCAUGAAGUGCGAAUUGAAAAAGCACGACGCGGCGCACAAAAGUACGGACGAGCUUUAUAAGUGCAACUGUUGCGAUUAUCGAACUAAAUACAAAUGGGGCUUGAUAGCGCACACGGAACGACAUACGGACGUCGACGGGAAAAAGUUCAAAUGCGACUUGUGUGAUUACCGUUGUGUUGCGAAAUCGGAUUUGAUCAAGCACACCAUAGUGCAUAAAACGCCAGAGGAACUGUCUCUAUACAAGUGCGAUGCAUGCGAUUUUAAAACCAAAUAUAAGAACAAUUUAGCGGCCCACGGACAACGACACUUGCUGGAGAAAAGGUUCAAGUGCGACUUGUGCGACUACCGUUGCGUCCUUAAGUCGUACUUGAAAAAACACUCGCUAGUGCACAAAAACGCCGACGAGGUGCCUUUAUAUCAGUGCAACAGUUGCGACUUUCGAACCAAAUACAAAGGCGAUAUGGUGAAACACAUAAAACGACAUUCGCUUUUUCCGGCCAUGAGACGUGACGAUGACAAUUCGGGGUCGGAUGAUAUGACGUCACUGUUAAAGGUAGAAGCGUCUGAUUGCGACCCGUCAGAAAACUCGAUACCCUUCGUGCUCAAAAAUCGACAAAAAGUGGCAAUAUUCGAGUGCGACUUGUGUUACUAUCGAACCAAGAAGAAGGACCGUUUCAGAUGUCAUUCGUUGGUGCACAAAAAUGCGGACGAGGUUCCUCUAUAUAAGUGCAACGUCUGCGAUUACCAAACCAAAUACAAAAGUGGGGUCGUCGCCCACUUGAAACGACACUCGGCCACUAGUGAGAAAAAGUUCAAGUGCGCCCUGUGUGAUUAUCGGUGCUUCUUUAAAUCGGAACUCAACAAACACUCAUUAGUGCACAAGAAUGCAGACGAGGUAUCUGUAUAUAAGUGUGACAAGUGCGAUUAUCAAAGUAAGUACAAAGGCACCUUGUCGAAGCACAAAGAACGGAAACACUUGGACAGCGACCAGAAAAAGUUCCAGUGCGAAAACUGUGAUUUUCGGACUAUCUACAAGGGGGCCUUGUUGAGGCACAAAAAACUGCAACAUUUGGACAUAGUGAAAAGAUUCAAAUGUGACCUAUGUGAUUACCGUGGUUUUAUCAAAUCGCAUCUGAUACAACACUCUCUAGUGCACAAGAAGCCGGAGGAAGUGUCUUUGCAUAAGUGCGACAGUUGCGAGUUUCGAAGUAAACACAAAAAGAGUGUACUGGAGCACUCCAAAAGACACUCGGACACCGUUCAGAAAAAAUUCAAGUGAUUAUCUCUACAAUCAUAAAUACGAAUCGAAGAGGCAUUUUGUCGUGCAGAAGUGCCUCUAUAUAAGCGCGACCAGUGCGAAUGCCGCAUUCGACUUUUUACGUUUUGGUGCAUUUUUGUUGUAUAUUCAA